AGACGUGAUACACACUUAAACCUGUAGAGCUGCAAUACACACAUUCAGAUUCCAAAAAGAAGAGAUCUGUAUUUUCUGACAGGAAGAAAAACACAUCUGCGUCACCAACCUAUUCACAGGAAACGCAGCACAGUUUCACUUUCACUACAAACAGCAGUGACUGUAUUCUGUACGACGUGAUCUCAGAUAUCUGCGUGUUUUACUGAUCUUCGGUCUUCACAUUAUUCCGAGUCGCUUCAUGUGUGUGAUUUAAACUCUCCUCGGAAUCGAAUGAUGGAGGGAAAGAGAUCAGACUCACCAGAACCCAGCUGUGUCUCCAUGAAGAGCGAUGAGUCAAUGGGAGAGCCACUUCACUUCAGAGACAGAGACAGUUCUCCUGAUCCGAGAAUGAUGGAGGGAAAGAGAUCAGACUCACCAGAACCCAGCGGUGUCUCUAUGAAGAGUGACGGGUCAAUGGGAGAGCCACUUCAUUUCAGAGACAGAGACAGUUCUCCUGAUCUGAGACCACAACAGAAGAAAUCCAACCUCAGCAGAAAUCAGCUGGACUCCAUCUUCAAGGAGCUGGAACACAAAGUCAUCACUCUGAUGAAGAAAGAGCUGAAGAGGUUUAGGAAGCUCCUGAGUCCAGAUUACCCAGCAUGCACUGAGAGGGAGGUGGAGGAUGAGGAGGAUCUGCACAGUGUCAGAGACGGAGCGCUGAAGAUCACACUGCACGUCCUGAAGAACAUGAACCACACAGAUCUCGCUAACACACUGCACAACAAGUCUGAGGCCUCUGUGUAUCAGACAAAGCUGAAAUCCAGCCUGAGAGAGAAGUUUAAAAGAAUUAAUGAAGGAAUCUCACAGCAUGGAAGCUCAGCACUUCUGAAUGAGAUCUACACAGAGCUCUACAUCACAGAGGGGUGGAGUGGAGACGUCAAUAAUGAACAUGAGGAGAGACAGAUUGAGACAGGGUCCAGGAGACCAGCAGCACAGGAGACACCCAUCAAAUGUAAUGAUCUCUUUAAAGACGAGUCCAUCAGAAGUGUGCUGACUAAAGGAGUUGCUGGAAUUGGAAAAACAGUCUCUGUGCAGAAGUUCAUUCUGGACUGGACUGAAGGAAAAGCAAAUCAGGACGUCACCUUCAUGUUUCCACUUCCCUUUAGAGAGCUGAAUCUGAUGAAGCAGAAACAUCUCAGUCUGAUGGAUCUUCUUCAUCACUUUUUCCCUGAAAUGAGAAAACUAGAAUUAAUAGACUCCUACAAAGUGCUGUUGAUCUUUGAUGGUCUGGAUGAGUGUCGACUUCCUCUAAAUUUCCAGAAGAAUGAGAGAUUGUGUGAUGUGACAGAGUCAGCCUCAGUGGAUGUGCUGCUGACGAACCUCAUCAAGGGGAAUCUGCUUCCCUCUCCUCUCCUCUGGAUCACCUCUCGACCAGGAGCAGCCAAUCAGAUCCCUCCUGAGUGUGUAGACCAGGUAACAGAGGUACGAGGGUUCAGUGACCCUCAGAAAGAGGAGUACUUCAGGAAGAGGAUCAGAGAUCAGAGCCUGGCCAAUAAAAUCAUCUCACACAUGAAGUCUUCAAGAAGCCUCCACAUCAUGUGCCACAUCCCAGUCUUCUGCUGGAUCUCAGCCACUGUUCUAGAGAGAAUGUUGGAUGAAGCAGAGCGUGGAGAGAUCCCCAAGACUCUGACUCAAAUGUUCACACACUUCCUGAUCUUUCAGAUCAAACACAAGGACCAAAAGUACCAUCAGAAAUGUGACCCUGAUCCUCAGCAGACCAGAGAGAGUAUCCUGGCACUGGGAGAACUGGCUUUCCAACAGCUGGAGAAAGGAAACCUGAUCUUCUAUGAGGAAGACCUGAGAGAGUGUGGCAUUGAUGUCAGAGAAGCUUCAGUGUACUCAGGAGUGUGUACCCAAAUCUUCAGAGAGGAGUUUGGGCUUCACCUGGGGAAGGAAUUCAGCUUUGUACAUCAGAGUGUUCAGGAGUUUCUGGCUGCUUUAUACACAUUUCUCUCCUUCAUCAGCAGAAAUGUAACAGAACAACCAACCACUGAUCUGUCUGAUCUUCUCACCAAGUCAGACAUGUCUGAUCUCCUCAAGAGUGCAGUGGACAAGGCCUUACAGAGUGAGAAUGGACACCUGGACCUGUUCCUUCGCUUCCUUCUGGGUCUCUCACUGGAGUCCAAUCAGACUCUCUUACGAGGCUUAAUGCCUCAGACAGGAAGCAGCUCUCACAGCAAACAGGAAACAGUCAAGUACAUCAAGGAGAAGAUCAGGGAGAAUCCAUCUCCAGAGAAAUCCAUCAAUCUGUUCCACUGUCUGAAUGAACUGGAUGAUCAUUCUCUAGUGCAGGAAGUACAAACUUACAUAAAAAAGGGAGGCCACCAUCGUCUCAGUGGAACCAAACUCUCUCCUUCUCAGUGGUCAGCUCUGGUGUUUGUGUUACUGAACUCAGAUCAGGAUCUGGAUGAGUUUAAUUUUAUUAAAUAUUACCCAUCAGAUGAAUGUCUUCUGAAGCUGCUGCCAGUGGUCAAAGCCUCCAGAAAAGCUAUUCUGUGUGGGAAGGAUCUGGCAGAGGAAAGCUGCAGAGGUCUAUCUUCAGUUCUCAGCUCAAACUCCUCCAGACUGAGAGAACUGGACCUGAGUCACAGUUACUACCUGCAGGAUUCAGGAGUGAAGCUGCUCUCUGCUGGACUGGAGAACCCACACUGUACACUGGAGAAACUCAGCCUGCGGUGGUGUAAUCUGACAGAGGAAAGCUGUAGAGCUCUAUCCUCAGUUCUCACCUCAAACUCCUCCAGACUGAGAGAACUGGACCUGAGUAAGAAUAACCUGCAGGAUUCAGGAGUGAAGCUGCUCUCUGCUGGACUGGAGAACCCACACUGUACACUGGAGAUACUGAAGUUGUGUGAAUGUAGGAUUACAGAUGAAGGUUGUGUUGCUGUGGCUUCAGCUCUGAGGUCAAACACCUCAUCACACCUGAGAGAACUGAAUCUGAACUACAAUAAUCCAGGAGAAUCAGGAGUGAAGCUGCUCUCUGAUCUACUGAAGGAUCCACACUGUACACUGGAGAAACUACAUCUGCGGUGGUGUAAUCUGACAGAGGAAAGCUGUAGAGCUCUGUCCUCAGUUCUCACCUCAAACUCCUCCAGACUGAGAGAACUGAACCUGAGUGAGAAUAACCUGCAGGAUUCAGGAGUGAAGCUGCUCUCUGCUGGACUGAAGAACCCACACUGUACACUGGAGACACUGAGGUUGUCUUACUGCGGUAUUACAGAUGAAGGUUGUGUUGCUGUGGCUUCAGCUCUGAGAUCAAACACCUCAUCACACCUGAGAGAACUGUUUCUGUACUACAAUAAUCCAGGAGAAUCAGGAGUGAAGCUGCUCUCUGAUCUACUGAAGGAUCCACACUGUACACUGGAGAAACUACAGCUGUGUGAGUGUAAUCUGACAGAGGAAAGCUGUAGAGCUCUGUCCUCAGUUCUCACCUCAAACUCCUCCAGACUGAGAGAACUGAACCUGAGUAACAAUUGUAACCUGCAGGAUUCAGGAGUGAAGCUGCUCUCUGCUGGACUGGAGAACCCACAUUGUACACUGGAGAUACUGAGCCUGCGGUGGUGUAUACUCACAGAGGAAAGCUGUAGAGCUCUGUCCUCAGUUCUCAGCUCAAACUCCUCCAGACUGAGAAAACUGGACCUGAGUAAGAAUUAUAACCUGCAGGAUUCAGGAGUGAAGCUGCUCUCUGCUGGACUGGAGAACCCACACUGUACACUGGAGAAACUGAGGUUGUCUUACUGCGGUAUUACAGAUGAAGGUUGUGUUGCUGUGGCUUCAGCUCUGAGAUCAAACACCUCAUCACACCUGAGAGAACUGAAUCUGAAUGGUAAUAAUCCAGGAGAAUCAGGAGUGAAGCUGCUCUCUGAUCUACUGAAGGAUCCACACUGUGCACUGGAGAAACUACAGCUGUGUGAGUGUAAUCUGACAGAGGAAAGCUGUAGAGCUCUGUCCUCAGUUCUCACCUCAAACUCCUCCAGACUGAGAGAACUGAACCUGAGUGAGAAUAACCUGCAGGAUUCAGGAGUGAAGCUGCUCUCUGCUGGACUGGAGAACCCACACUGUACACUGGAGAUACUGAGGUUGUCUUACUGCGGUAUUACAGAUGAAGGUUGUGUUGCUGUGGCUUCAGCUCUGAGGUCAAACACCUCAUCACACCUGAGAGAACUGAAUCUGUACUACAAUAAUCCAGGAGAAUCAGGAGUGAAGCUGCUCUCUGAUCUACUGAAGGAUCCACACUGUAAACUGGAGAAACUACACAUUAAUAGCAGAAUCAUUCACAUUCAGAUGCAGAAGCUCCACAGCAAGAACCGUAACUGAUCACAUCCUUUAUCCACUCAGCUCCACCUCUCUCAGGCUGGAAUAAUAAUAAUAAUAAUAAUAAUAAUAAUAAUAAUAAUAAUAAUAAUAAAUCUCCGGUUCUCAGGUCACAACAUGCCAUGUAUAUGAGUAGAAGUAAUCUCACAUUAUAACACAGAAAAGAAAAUGCAUUGUAAAUAAUAAUCAUGUAGACACUCUGCAUACUGAAGAUCUUUACAUCAUUUUAAAAACAGAAUCGAAAACCUUCUUGUACAUUUACUGUAAAGUCGCUCCAUACAAUUUCAUACACAUGUUGAUAUUUAUCUUCUCUGUAUCUUGUUCUUACACGGACCUGAAACUCGGUACUCUCUGUAUUUUCUGUGUUUCAGAAAUUUCUAACUGAAAUAAAAUAAAGGAACUAUUGUAAAAAAUACA